GAAAACUGUAUUUUCCCCAUAUAAUAAUACAUGAGGCUCUUUCUCUCUCAUUCUUUCUCGCCAUCACUUUUAGUAGUAUUCAGAGCUUCUUUCCCACUUUCAAACCCCUGCGAUCCUCAAAUUCACAUAUUUCAAAAUAAUUUCAUAUUUUCCCCCCAACUUUAUAUAUAAUUAUACUUUGCAGUCCAUAAUUGUUUGUGAUGAUGACUCAUAAACAGUACUUGCUGCAUGAGCUACUGGAAGAAGCUCAGGAGCCUUUUCAAUUGCAUACCUAUAUUGCAGAGAGGCGCUCCCAAUUGAAUAAACAGACCAACCUCUGUUUCUUCACGCCGGAAAUCAGAACAUCGCCGGAGAUCAGCCCGUCUAAGUCCCCGCCCACCGGCGCCGUUUUCCUUCUGAGGAUCCAAAAACACGAGCAGUCAGAACUUCCUAAAUCGCCGGCGAUGAAAAUCGCUGGGUUAGGGUUUUUUGGGUCUUUUCUGAAAAUCCUGAAAGAUCGGAGCAAGAAUAAAAAGCGUGGCAUGAGAAGCCAUGAACCGAGAGAAGAGGCUAUUCGAGAAACGCGAUUUUGCUCAACCCCGUUCAGAUUUUCUCCUCGCAAAACUCCGUCGUCGUCCUCCGGCCAUCUAACGCCGGAUAGCUGUUCUCCGGUGGUUUCUCCGAUUGGCCACGUAAAUAAGGAGAAAGAAAAUUACACAGGGGUAAAAGAUUCAGUAGAAGAGGAAAAAGAACAAUGUAGUCCAGUAUCUGUGUUAGAUCCUUUCUCGGAAGAUGACGAUGAACAUGAAAGCGUCGAUGCAGACGAAGAUUACGAUCUCGACAGAAGCUACGCGAAUAUUCAAAGAGCAAGGCAGCAGCUUCUGGACAGGCUUAGAAGGUUUGAAAAACUAGCAGAACUUGAUCCAAUCGAGCUCGAGAAGAACUUUCUGGAAACUUCAGACGAAGACGAUGAAUACGAAGAACAAACCGUAGAAUCCGCGAAAGAAGAGACGCAAUUGUCGACACUGUACAGGAAACAAUGUGUAGCAGACACAUCAUUUGUCAACAACCAAGUUUUCAGCCAAUGUUCAACCCUUCAUAAACACGAUAACAAAAUUUCGCAUCGCAAACUAACUGAUGAGAUAAUCGAGUUGGAUUUCAAGAGAGAGUUAGAUGGGUGGAAAUGCUUUACGGAGCAGGUGGCAGAGACGGCGGCAGAUCUGGAGUUAGCAAUUUUUGAAGUGUUGGUGGAAGAAUUGUGCUCAGAGGAGUUUGUAUUACUACAUGGAUGAACAACAAAAUUAAUUAAUUGCAAAUAAUAUAUAUAUGAAUGAUUCUUGUAGAGUUGGGGUCCAAUUGUACGGAUGGACUAAUGGCCCAUCAAGAUCAGAGACAAGUGCUCACGCCCCUAUUCUUGAUCCAUUAAUCCAAUUGUGGCCUCCUACUUUUCUUUUAUUGGGCCUAUGUCAUUGUUGUUUUA